GGACAAUCUCCUUAGAACAUCCCUUGUUCUUAUAUGUGUCACCCCUCUGUUUACUAAACAUGAGACACCAUACAAUAUGCUAUCUAUAGCAGAACACUGUGAGAAUACCGAUUGGGCAACUCUUUAUCCUGUUCAUUACCAAAUGUCACCAGCCCAAGCAACAGUCCUCGGCACAGAUGAUUACAAAGCUGGGCUGAUUGCUGAUUCGGAGCUGGUGACAAUCACUAAGCGGGGAACGGCUUUCGACCACUUUUCUCGCUGCUAUCAAGCCUGCAACUGGGUUUCUGGCACUGAGUACCUUUCCACAGACUUGAGAUUCUUUCCUCUGCUGUGGGAAGUCUCAGGAGAUGGCACAACGAACUGGGCCUUAAAUAUGCCCAAGGCGCUUUCAGGAAGCUUCAAAGAGAGGAUUAGCUUCAACAAGCCAGACAACGCGGGCCAGGCCAACAUGACACCAGAAGAUGCAGUCUUGGGCCAUAUUCAAUAUCUCAACGCUUACAGUGGGGAAAUCAACAUUGGCGCACCAAGCGUCUCAAACAUUAUCCUGGAAGGCGAGGGCUUAUGGUGGUCAUCUGACUUUUUUGAAGUCUACUCUCGACUAAAUCCAAUUUGCAAGGUCAACUCCUGUCCUGCUCACUGGUACUCAUCGAAUGUCCAGUGCAGAUAUCAGUGGCUGUCUGACCUACUGGACUAUUUUCAGAAAGCUUAUGAGGCUUGCGGAGGUGACGCAUCUCUCUGCCCUGCUUGUGAGACAUGUGCAUAUCUUGUUUGA